AUGGAGGAGAUGACCUCUGUUGAAGGAGUCAAAGCAAUUGCGAGCACUGAAACGUCCUCCACGAAUCCGACCCCCACUAAAUUUCAAGCGGAAUGGCCCCAUGAAAACGGCCAACAUGUAGAAGGUUCAUCCCAAGGCCGGUGCUCGAGCUCGGAUUUACGACAGAAUACACAUGCUUCCGCGUUCCUACCUCAAAUGGCACGGUCGCCUCGUCAAUACAGCCCAAAUGCGAACAACUUCGAUGCACAGGGAAAUGGAGGACUCCCAAACAUGACAGGUCUUGGGAUCUAUUCAAUUGCUGACGAGAUUCUCUAUAAUCCGAGCCUCCGGAACCCUUUCGGAAGUGGUAAUUUCUCUGUCUCGCAACAGGAUACGCCAGUAGGCGAAUUCUUAGAUGAAUAUAACAUGGAUUCCACCACCACUGGCUUCAGAACACCAGUCCCAUCAAAAUAUCAGACGGAUAACACUACUAGUUUCAAAGCACCAGUCACAUCAAGAUAUCAGAUGAACAACAAUUUAUCUGUUGGCAGUGAUAUUUCUGCAGACUUACAAUCGCCAAUUCGGACUGAAAAUUGUCCCUUGGACACUCAGUUUGCUAGCAGCACCCAAAAUGGUGAAGCUCCACAGCAAGAGUCAACGUCUCAAGGUGAACAAUAUCAAUCUGUUUUUUUCAAUGAAACAAUGACAGCUCAACUUAAUCGUCCACUGAGCGCGCCACCUGCAGGUCACUGGGUAUUGGAGCAGGGACUCUCAUACACUGCCACUGGUCUCGACAUACCGUUAAAUUUGAGCCCUUUGCCUAGAGCGAUACUGAAAGCCGUUCCUCUGGCAUAUUCUGGUAACUGGCAAUACGAUGGUUCAUCAAUAGGCCCAGCGAUUGACAGCGAUGUCUCGAUGUUACAACCAUCCAAUGACAUCCGAGACGAUCCUUCCGGUGCAUUGGGUCAAGAUACUGGAGCUAUUCAAAGACCACAGCCCUUACAGCAAUUGUCGCAGAAUGAUGGCCUAGGUCAAAAUGCUUCUGCUAAUAUAACAGUGCCAUGUCAACAAAGUGGUGCAUCGAGCACACGAUCACCGAUAUCUUCAAAUAGACGCAGACAUAGCGAUCCACCAUCGCUCCCAAUUCGAGAUGCUAGCGAUUCACAACAAGGAAUACAGGUUAGAAGCCAAUUUUCGGAGCAAACUGCACAGUGUCAAACUCCUUCUAUUAAUGCAUCACGAACACGCCAAAAGAGUGUUGCAUCAAUUGAGGAAGCACUGGGAGCUAUGGAUAGCCACAGACCCAGCGAAACUUCUCCUGUUCCAGCCCAAGAGCUUCGUACUACCAAUACACCGCCUACUGGUGUCCCGACCAAUUCUUGGCAAUGGGGCCAGAGCCAAGUUGCGAGCCAGCCUGAUCUUGUUGCACAGCAGUCAAGUGAACGCCGUGUAGCUGCCCCUGAGUUUAAUGGCAGUUAUCCUGGUGUUGGGCCUAACACGACAUUCGUAUAUCCAGAACGUUCACAUCAAGAUCCCUCACAGCAGCCAAUCAAGCAACGUGAAUCAGCAUCACUUACUAGCGGUAGUGCUAGACUGACAGAAACUGCAAGACCUCGAUUGCGACUGGUUGCACCUGCUCCCCUAACUGUGACACCACAACAGCCCACACGGAGAGACAGACAGUCAAGACAGGCCGGCCGACAAUCAGGUACUCCAUCUACACAGCAAAGCCAACGUGUACCUCAGCGGGGACCACCUCGAGUUCAGAUCAGUCAACAGGCAGACUCUCCACGGGUUCAGGGGACCGGUUCUCAGCCAAGCAUCCCACAAAAUCGCUUUGACCGCAUGCUUCCAAGUCGAUUGGACCCAAAAACCGCUGCUUUUGCCAACGUCAAACCAGCAGAAGACUUCAUGAAAACGGUCUCCAAUAUGUCUUUUCUAGAUCGAGUGGCGUGUGUUGAUCGUUUGAUGCGCGAAGACCUCUUCAAGGACUACAUGAAGCCACAUCUCUUUCGUGAGUACAAUACAGGUCGUGAGAACGGUUUGAAUUUGGCGCUGGAGAGGCGUACCAAGGAUCCUUUGCAUGGCAUUAUCGAAAAUACAGAGAUACGCCAUGAACGUCACAGUAUCAGAUGGAAGACCAAAUUUGAUGACAAGCAGAUCGAGAACGAGCGCCGCAGGAGGGAACUUGCUGCUCGUACAACUGCUGGUGGUUUGUCAACUGAUACUUCCGAGAGCCUUGGAAUGACCCCCGCCGGCAGCAAGCGUAGGCAUCAAACACUAGCGUCGGCUCAAGAUUCUCACUAUGAGAUCGACGACGACGAAGUGAUUGAGUCCGAUGAUGGCUCCGAUAACCAUUCAGUUGUCCAUCCUCGAAACUCACCAAAGAAGCCUCGAACUUCUGGGCCAACGUUUUCAGGACCUACGCCGUCAGAUAUCACGGAUAAAUUCUGUUCGCAUGGCGUCGAGAAUAUUCCGUUCCUUCCUGAUCCUAUCCACAGUCAACUGUGCAACCUUAGCAUUGAGCAACUCAUUAUCCCAGCACCAGAGUAUAUUGCUUGGAAUGGUGAGGUCGCCGACACGAAUGUUGAGCACUGGCGUGCUUGUGCAGGACAGGCUGCUGGUACCGAAAUAGACCAAGGAAUGGCCUGCACGCAUUGCGCUGACCACAUGCAAGAUGGGUCUGUACCCUUUGCAAGCUGUGUUGUUAUUGGCGCAACCAUUUCGGUUGGAGAACACUUCAGAGGUGCUUGCAUGAAUUGUGUCUAUCUUGGUAAGGAUCAAGAUUGCAGUCUUCGAGGUGUCGAGAGUGAGGAAAUUGAAACUCAAUAA